AUGAAAAGCUUUUUGAGGUUGAAUGACCAGUCUGGUGUGUUAAGAAUUAAUGAUGAGAAAAUGCUAACCAAAUGCAGCGAACAUAACCUUUAUUCGUAUCAAUUCUUAGUGAAGAUUUGUGCGAAGGUUGGGUCUUUGAGAGAAGUUUCUGAGGAACUUUGGGAUGGUAGGAAGGUGUUUGAUCAGGGGUCUAUGUGGAAUCUGGUGAGCUGGAACUUGAUGAUCGAUGGGCAUGUGAAAAAUGGUGACCUUGAUUGCGCACGUGAACUGUUUGAUUUUUUGCCUAACAAGGAUAUUUUUACUUUCGCUUAUAAGAGUCUAUGUGGAUAUAGGGGAUAUGGUGACGGCAAAAUGGUUGUUGCUAUGAUGCCAUUCAGGGAUGUCGUUUCAUGGAAUUGUAUAAUUGAUGGGUUUGCAAAAAUAGAAAAUGUUACAUUAGCUCGUGGUUGUUUUGAUAGGAUGGCUACGAGGAAUGCAAAAUUUGGGGAUAUGGAUUUGGCUACAAAUGUUUUUAAUGAGAUGCCUACGAAAAGAGAAAAGUUGUGGAUUGUGAUGAUCAUGGGGUAUGAUAUGCAUGGGCAAGGAGAGAAAGCCUUAGAAAUGUUCAUGAAGAUGGAGAAGAGAGGUCCAACACCGAAUGAUGCUAUUUUUCUCCUUGUACACAUGGAGGAAUAA